CAGGGAGCCUGUCCCGCGAGGAUCCUCUCGAGAAGUGGCGGGAGCAGCGGCUAUGGAGGCGCAAGAGGAGAAAGAGGCGCAGGUUGCUGCGUGGUUGAAAAAAAUAUUUGGAGAUCAUCCCAUUCCACAAUAUGAGGUGAAUCCACGGACCACAGAGAUUUUGCAUCACCUUGCGGAACGCAACAGUGUCCGGGACAGGGAUGUCUACCUGGUAAUAGAGGACUUGAAACAGAAGGCAAGCGAAUAUGAAUCAGAAGCCAAGCAUCUUCAGGACCUUCUCAUGGAGAGUGUGAAUUUUUCCCCUGCCAAUCUGUCUGGCACUGGUUCUAGGUACCUGAAUGCUUUGGUUGACAGUGCAGUGGCCCUUGAAACAAAGGACACCUCACUAGCUAGUUUUAUCCCUGCAGUGAAUGAUUUGACUUCUGAUCUUUUUCGUACCAAAUCCAAAAAUGAAGAAAUCAAGCUCGAAUUGGCAAAACUUGAAAAAAAUCUGACUGCAACUUUAGUGUUAGAAAAAUGUCUACGAGAGGAUCUCAAGAAAGCAGAGUUGCAUCUGUCUACGGAAAGGGCCAAAGUUGACAAUCGUCUUCAGAACAUGAACUUCCUAAAAGCGAAGUCAGAGGAGUUCAGAUGUGGAAUCAGAGCUGCCGAGGAGCAACUUUCAGCCAGAGGCUUGGAUGCCUCUCUGUCUCAUCAGUCACUAGUAGCCCUUUCAGAGAAAUUGGCAGAACUAAAACAACAGACUAUACCUUUGAAGAAAAAAUUGGAGUCCUAUUUAGAUUUAAUGCCGAAUCCAUCUCUUGCUCAGGUGAAAAUUGAAGAAGCAAAGCGAGAAUUAGAUAUCAUUGAAGCUGAACUUACAAAGAAAGUAGACAUGAUGGAACUCUGACCAGAGACAAAUAAACUUCGUCUUCCCUAACGAAGUAAAUCGCAUAGGACUUUAAAGAAUUGUUUCCUGUUGGCAUUCCUUAAUAACUUAAUUUUUGUGUUCUUAGAUGAGUUAAUUUCGUUAUUGAUAGAAUAGUGGUUCCUGUGUAUUGCAUUUUUGUGUCCUGAUCGUUUUCAUAUUAAAAAAUGUUGUUGGUUUUC